AUGGCAGGUGAAGACUGUGUAAGAAAACGCCAGUCUGGCUCCGCUGCAACCUGCAAGACCCCUGGGAAUGAAGAAACACAGAGGAGACCUGAGAGCGAGAGGUCAUUUCAAAACUCAAGCAAUGGCCGGGUUGAUGUCGACCAUGCGAUAACGAGGAAAAUGCAGCUAAUAGCAGAAGCUGAGCAAUUGAAGCCAGCUUUCAUGAAGGAAGUGGACAGUCACUUCACAGAGUUUGUGAACAGUUUGGCAGCAAAAUCAGUAUUCCUGGACUCCUCAUCUUCAGCCUCCCCCUUCCCAGCUUCAUGCUCAGAGAAGGAACUGCACAAAGCCAAGAACUUGAGGGCUCCUCCAGAACAUGGGAAGAUCUUUACUGCCAGAAGGUCCCUCUUGGAUGAGCUGUUUGAAGUGAGUCACAUCAGGACGAUCUACCACAUGUUCAUCGCUCUUCUCAUCGUCUUCAUCCUCAGCACACUUUUAGUAGACUUCAUUGAUGAAGGAAGGCUGGUCCUAGGAUUUGAUCUCUUGGUCUUUGUUUUUGGAAAGUUCCCGGUCGUCUUCUGUACUUGGCUGUGCAUGUUCUGUGCCACAGUUACUGUUCCAUACAAGCUUUUUGUCUGGUGGGCCCAAGGCUACUGCAGUUCCUCCCAUCGUGUACUCCGGUCUCUUUUCUAUGGGACAUUGUUCACACUCUUCCAAACAGCUGGGCUUGGAUUUGGACCAACCUACAUUGCUGUAUCAUAUGCCCUGCCUCCAGCUUCCCGUUUUAUUGUAAUAUUGGAACAGGUUCGUCUUGUUAUGAAGGCUCAUUCAUUCAUCCGGGAGAAUGUACCCAGAGUCCUGUCCUCUGUAAAGGACAAGUCAGGCACAGUACCUAUUCCCAGAAUUUCUCAAUACCUGUACUUCCUCUUUGCUCCCACCCUCAUCUACAGAGACAACUAUCCCAGGAAUCCUGUGAUAAGAUGGGGCUAUGUAGCUACCAAGUUUGCACAGGUGCUUGGUUCACUUUUCUAUGCUUACUACAUCUUUGUGAGACUCUGCAUUCCUCAGUUCCGCAACAGUAGUCAAGAAACCUUCAGUCUUCGAGGGCUGGUCCUCUGCAUCUUCAAUUCCAUUCUGCCAGGUGUACUGAUUCUCUUCCUGGCUUUCUUUGCGUUCCUUCACUGUUGGCUUAACGCAUUUGCUGAGAUGCUGCGCUUUGCAGAUCGGAUGUUCUACAAGGACUGGUGGAACUCCACUUCCUAUGCAAACUACUACCGAACCUGGAAUGUGGUAGUACAUGACUGGCUUUAUUAUUAUGCCUACAGGGACUUCCUUUGGUUUUUUGGUAAGAAGUUCAAAGCAGCAGCUAUGUUGUCUGUCUUCACAGUAUCAGCUGCUGUGCACGAAUAUGUUCUGAUCAUUUGCUUCGGCUUCUUCUAUCCAGUACUCUUUUGCCUGUUUAUGUGCUUUGGAAUGGUCUUCAACUUCAUCCUUAAUGACCGUCGGAAAGGGCCUAUCUGGAAUGUGAUCAUGUGGACAUCCCUCUUCCUGGGCCAAGGUGUCAUCAUUUGCCUUUAUAGCCAGGAGUGGUACGCCCGCCAGUACUGCCCUAUGGAAAAUCCCACGUUCCUGGACUACUUAAAACCACGUUCCUGGUCGUGUCACAUGAAGAUGUAAAAAGUAUGCUCUGGCCGUGUCAUCGUCACAGAAGAUCAGAGUUGUCCUCCAAGAAUUUGGACCAAUGACCUAACUUACUAUGGACUUUUUCCAAGGGAAGUUGUGCCUCCUGAUUAUUGGGGAGAAACUGUAAUUUUUUUAAUAUUACUGAGGCAAACCAGUUGACCUGGAUUGCUACAGGCUUCACAGGCAGCAUCUGCUACAUGCUGUCCUACUUCGAGCCAUUUCCAUGCCAGCAAAACAUUGAGCAAAGGUCGAGUCUGCUGGAAUCCUACUCAUCCAGGGGUACCCCAAGUUGCUGCUCUUCCGGACGAUAGUCAGUCCAGUCAGAUUUGCUAGUAGCUUACUGCUGGCGUCCGUCCAUCUUCCUUAGCCACCCUGUUGCAAUUUUUUUUUUCUCCCUUUUGGGAAUGGGAUGUCUACCAAACUUCUGUUCUUUGUGAUCCUGUCUGCUGCUAUGACAUGGACAAGUGGCAGUGCAACCAGGAUAUUUGCCUCCUUGCUCUGAAAAUAGCCAAAGUAUUCCUGGAUGGCUUUGGACUGCUUUCUAUGUAUGCUGGCUGCCUAGUAUUUUAAAAUGGGCAGGGAGAAAGGGGAUUGUCAAUUUACUUGUGGCUGCAUUGGAGAAUCAGGUUCAGAAGCAGGGCACGGUGUGUGCAGUCUUUAUAUGACUUUUUACACUGAAAAUUUAUGUUCUUUCUGUAUUCACUAAGUUCCCAGCUGACUUACAGCAUUUUUGUUCCCUGAAGGCCCUUGUGACUUCAGGAAUAGUUUUGUUCCUUGUAGCUCUUCCUUUCUCUUGCUCCAGAUAAUCAAUUCUUUUAGCACAAUUAACUUGUAAAAAAGCUUUUUGCUUUAAUUUGGCAGGUGCUUUAAGGUAUGCGAGUUGUUAAGGCUUUCUCUAGUGUGAAGGAUUUGAAAUGCUACCACCCAACUGUAAGAAAAUGCAAUUGACUUUACAGGUACUCGGCACAUUCUCAUCCAAAAUGGCUACAUCCGGUUCAAGAUGCCAGCACAUUUUGGUGCCUCUCGCCCAUGUGCAUUGUAGGGGCUUCUGACGCUGUUGGUGGGAAAUGAGGGUUGACAAAGUGGCUGGAGUCAGAGCUGCCUGUGUCUGCUCUGAUGUCAGUGGCAUCUUCAGGUGAAGAUCAGUUCCCCAGGUGUUGCCCUCUUCUUUCUGAAGAGGUAGGGCAUCCACCCAUACACACUGUUAAAGGGAGAAGCAUUAUGCGAAUUUGGUAUUUCAAUAUCUACUAAUUAGGCAGAGUCCCUUCAGUUUCCUUGUUCUGUCAGAUGCUAAGUCCAAAAGGGAACUUUUACAUAGUCUCGGGGUACGUAUCUCUCCUGUUCUACUGGAACUGCAGCUCCCAUUAUUGGAGAGGGAGGGCAGCCUGAUAGAGGUACGUUAACUUUGGUCGCAGGGAUUUCUGAACUACUCAAAUGCUCUUUAUUGGCACUUUUUGGUAACAGCUUUUCCUUACUGGCCUACAAGCCUAAGUAUUUGAUACCAGUGGUAUUGGGACUGUUGAUGGACUUGUCUCCCAAUCCGCUUAAGACUAUCUUUUGGGCUUCUGUUUUUUUACUAACCUGAGUCAACAGUAAUUUCAUGAAAGCCAGGUGAUACCUAAACUCUUCCAAGUUUUCAGUUUUCUGUAAGAAGGAAUCCUGCACUUCAGAAAGGACAUUGUGUCCGGUCAAAUUUGCCAAACGCAGAGUCUGCGUAUGUGGCUCUCCUCUGAAAAUACCUCCUCCUGGAACUUGUUUGUUGAAACGGUUGGGUUAAUUUCAGAGGAAGGGGUUCAUGUAUAUACUCAAACUUGGCAGUGUUAGUAUAUAAAAUCCUGAGAAUGAAAUGGGUUGCUUUAUCCGCAUUCAGUUUGACUAAUCCUAAAUCAUUCACAAUACGUUUUGUGGGAGGAAGGGACAGAAGUGCUGGAGCAACUAAGCUUCCUUUUUGGGGGG